AUGCCACCCUUCGCCGCAAAAUUCUACCCGCCCGAGGAACUCAACUAUCUCGCUCUCAAGAAAGAGCUGGACGAUCUUACCAGCCAUGACAUAUCGAGAUUGGAGCUCCUCCAUAAGCUUAGGGAUAGCCACGACAAAUAUAUCAAGGCUAUCAUCAGAAAGUACGGCCUUAGAAACGUUGUGGGAGGGACCCGCAGAUUGCUGGUUGCAAGGGUAUUCAAGCAUAGGGCAGCGGCGGAACAGAAGUUCUCUCACACAGUCUUCUUCACCGAUUGCGAGUCAGAGGCCGAAGAAGCUCUAGAAAACCGUUCUGUUACCGUGAGAUCGACCAGGAAUCGGCCACGACCAAAGGGGUCUGGGGCCAUGCAGGGGAGACUCGACUUUUGGCCUCAUAACUACACUCAAGAUAAAUGGCGAGGCGAGCCCCUGCUCAAAGACCUCACCGGAGUUUAUUGCAACAAGAAAUGGAAGGGCCGACCGAUUCCGAUUGAUGAUAACAAGGACCCUUUGUCUCCGCAACCCGUGGCGUUGCCAAUGGGGAUCCAGCACCCUAUCCUAACCAACUUGGUACAACUGCUGGAGGUUUCCUGUUACAACUUUGCCGUGAUUCACGCACCCGAGAUCACAUUCUGGAGCGGAGACGAGGCUAUCGCAACGUAUCGUGAAGCCCUGCUCUCUCGUGUGGCGAAGAUUAGACACAAUGUUGUCCACCGGAAGCGGGUCGGCGUUGAUACCAUGGCUGAACACUUCCGCAGCGCCGAAGAGCUGACGAUCCUCAUGGGUGAUAUGGAAGCGCUGGAUACCAUUUCCAAGAUGUGGCAGGCGAUGGGAAAGGAGGCGAAAGUGCUGAUGCAUGACACCAUGGCCAAGUUCCAGGCACAUGAAAAAGCCAUGGAGCCAAUCAGGCUUGAGUUGGCAGCCGUUGAUGCUCGAUAUGGAGCCGACAUGAGUCGCCGGCAAAAGAAAGCUCUGGCGGCCGAGAGAAAGCCUGUGCAAGAUGCAGAGGAUGUAAUCGUGAAGCAGGCCAAGCAAGACUACCGCGGGCUGAGCGAAGCUGCCGGAAGGGCGGUCAAGAAGGCCCUGGACGAGCACGGAAUCAUCUUGGGAAUUCUCGGUGUCUGGAUCUCACCGCCGAACGCCCCGACUAACGUCGAGGGCGCUCACGAAGCUGAGGUGGUAGUAGAUAUAGGGGCUGACGCUUCGGAGCUCGCUGCCUUACGACCACAGAAGGCCGGGGAGGACGCCGGCGCUCACGAGGGCGAGAGGUCAGAUGUCCAGCCUUCUGAAAACACGGCAGACGUCAAAGGCAAACGCAAGGAGCAAGACCCUCCCAGCAAGAAAAUACAGGUGUCCGAGCAGCAGCAAGAUGUUGAUGAAGGAGGGACACUACUGAGAAGACAGGGAGAGUCGUCAGGGAGUGGAAAGGUAACGCUGAUGGCGAGAGAGGAGUGGAAGUCCAUGCAGAAAGGAAUAAAUCGAGGUUAUGAAGCAGACCGGGAAGGCGCCUCUGUCAAGAGAGAUGCGUCUUCGUACAGCAAGAAAGCGCAAGCUGGCCCCAAGGAGGAGCAGAAAGUUUAUUCUGCCAACGGGUCGCAGAAUGGAGGAAGCUCCCACGUGAGGAAGAAAGGAAGAGGCUUCCGCUCGAAGAACAAGCGGGCUCCUUUCGAGGUCCAGGGGAUUCCGGGGGCCAGCUUCGUCAACUAA